CUUGAAAUAUAUCACGCAAUUGAAACUCCUUGUAACAUAUGCAUUAACUUUAAGAAGCUCCCCUAUUAGACUCUCAUUGCCAAGCAAGUCAAGCACCGUAUAUUGUACUGUACACCCUUAUAUCGGUGUUUGACUUUCGCAGCUUUUGAGCCUUCUCGCGAGCCGUCGGUCUCCUAGGCAACGCAAUUGCCGCCAUUGUUGGCUGCGUAAAGGCAAAGCACACGACGGCGACAAUUUUCUAUUUAUCUCCUUUUUGUCGUCCAGUGCCAAACAUUUCAUUCUGCCUUCGGACGUUUUAUUUUCCGAGGAAGCUACAGGCGAGUCUGUUAAGUAAAAUGGCGAUGAAGCUCAGUUUCGCCUGCCUAGCUUAAAAAAGCAGACGAUUCAGUGAAUCAAUUGGAGUUUUGUUAACGAUGGAUUGCGCUCCAUUUUAUUGUAGUUUGACGUCAUAGCGGCCAUGCGAAUUAUGUUGUGUUUUGACAACGACUUUGCCACAAGGACGAAGAGGAAAAGAGACUGACGUCAGCCCACAAGGAGCUGCUUGCUCUUCAACUUCAGCGUCAACUAUUCGAUAAGGUCCUGACAUCAGGGAACCUGGACAUGUGACCUUCAUGCAGAGAAUGAGUGUUGUUCCUGUUUUGGGUUUGGCCGUGCCCCUGCCUGCCAUCAUCAUGGCCGGCGUCACGCUCUACAUGUUGCUGCUGGCCCUCAUCCUCUGGAUACGAUUCUGCCUAAAGGAGCGCUGUUCGCCAACAUGUGGCUCGUGCUGUCCCAGCUUCUCCGUUUGGGAUAGCUGCUUCCGUCUCGCGCAGUCGUGCGACUGUCAUCCGCCUACGCUGCGCUCGUGUCUGAGGGACAUCGCAUCGCCGCCCCCGUGUUUGCAGUGUUCCAGGUGGGACUGCGCGUGCACGUGUCAGCCCCCGGAGUGCGAGUCGUGCAACUGUCUGUGUUUCGAGAUCCGCAUCAAGUAGUCGCGCACCGCACUCCAAAUACGCCGGACGUUUUCCAGAACAUCAUUCAACACAAUGGAACUCAACAUUGUUGUUCGACGAAUGUUUCCAACGCAACAGUGCAAAGGACGUUUUAGCUGAAAUGGACUGAAGAGCAAAA